CUGCUUAUCGUUUCUUCUCAGAUCAUCAUACUCGUCUCUUCUCCCUCUUUUCCUUUGUCCUCUUCCUCCCCACCUGCAUCUCUAUAUAUAUAGAAAUAGAAACCCACUUCUUUUUUCUACUGUAACUCUCUCUCUCCCUCUCUCCCUCUCUCUCUCUCUCUCUCUCUCUCUCUCUCCAUAUAUUUCAGCUUUAUUUAUUCCAUCAGAUCUAGCUUCUAAAACCCACCUUAUUACAUAUAUCAAAUUUUCUUCUAUUUCUCUCUUUGAUGGAGAUCACAAGCACUCUUAAACAUUCAACAUCCAUCUCCUUCCUUCCCCUUUCUCUCUAUCCAUUUCCUGCAUGAAACCAAUGAAUUGACUACAACUUUGCUUUCCCAAAGGAAACUAAUUAAACCACCACAUCAGAAAACAACACAACCCACUCCCACAAACUAAUCAAACAUUUCUCUGAAACACAAAAUGAUGUCCUCAGAUACCGCACCGCCGACGAAGCCAAAAGACAACGAGAACCCAACAGAGGGCUCAGGCGGCAGCCGGCCGAAAGCCACGUCGUCAUCAUCAUCGGGGCCAAAGCUGCCACCACCAGAGCAAGCCCUCAACUGCCCGAGAUGCGACUCACCCAACACCAAAUUCUGCUACUACAACAACUACAGCCUCACGCAGCCACGCCACUUUUGCAAGACUUGCCGGAGAUACUGGACCAAAGGCGGCGCCUUACGCAACGUCCCCAUCGGCGGCGGCUGCCGGAAGAACAAGAAAAUUAGGUCCUCCUCAUCUUCCAAUUCCAGGCUGUCCUGCAGCUUUGACCCAUCAAAAGACUCGGCCGGCUCUUCCUCCUCAGAGAAUAUGAUGCUCGGCGGCUUGAAGUUCUUCCACGGCAUUUCCCCCGCCAUGGAUUUUCAGCUCGGCAGCAUAUCUAGGCUCCAUAAUAGCAACCAGUUCUCUACAAACCCAGCAACUGGGAUAAAUUUCAACAACCCAUUUCCAGCUUUCGGAGACGUUUCGGGUACUUCCGGAUUGAGUACUUGUACUCUUGAGCCAUCAGCCGGCGGUGUGACAAACGCUUGUAAUAAUUCUUUUCUGGGUUUUAAUUAUCCGCUCACUUUGGGCGGCCGCGGAGGCAGUGCUAGUGGUAGUGGUGGGUUAAUUAGUACACAGAAUAUGAUGAGUGCAAUGAACGUGCACAGUAGCCUUGCGUCUUCAAUCGAGUCUUUGAGUUCUAUUAACCAAGACCUUCACUGGAAAUUGCAGCAGCAGAGGCUUGCCAUGUUGUUUGGUACGGAAGAACAUGACCAGUCAACUCAGUUUCAGCUUGAAAACCAGCAGAAAACGCAGCAGAUGAUUACACCCAUAAGCUUGUUUCAGAAUCUGGAGGUUUCAUCAUCCCCAAGACCUGAUCAUCAUCAAGGUGUAAGUCAUGGAAGAAAAGAAGGUGGAGAUACUGCCACCGAGUGGUUCUUCGGGAACUCUUAUGCACCAGCGGUGACUCAGACGCCAACCAACAGCGGUGGUGGUGGCGGCGGAGCCAGCAAUGAGAACGCAAGCAACUGGCCCCAUGGAAUUCCAGCGUGGAGUAGUCAUGAUUGGCAGCAGUACAAUGCUUUGCUCUAGAUCAUGAGAGAGAGUCGGCGUCUACAACUCUCACUGUCUGGUAAGUAAGUGUGCCUUUGUCUCUCGCGUAGAUUCUCUCUCCUUCUCUCUAGACAUCUCUAUCAGUCAAGGAACUGAGUCUCAGGCUCCAUCUUCAUCUCUCAUUGUAUGGAGUAGCAGUAAGGGGUCAGCUAGUUAAAGCCUCCACUGUCGGGCCUCUUCCUAGCUCUGCAAUAGUUGCCAUGUGAGGCAACCUAGCCUGCCUGCUCUCUCUCUCUCUCUCUAUAGAUCUGUUGCUUAUUGGGGUUGCGUUUGUAAUAAUUAGUAUGGCAGUGUGGUGUGAUUUGGUGCUGUCUGAAAAAGUGGUGGUUUGAAAGUGUAUUCAAUGAAGGACUGUCAACAUUUGAAUCAACCAGAGAUAUAGAGAGAUAGAGAAAAGUGCUUAGGGUUCGGUUUUUUUGGUUUAAAAAAAAAAUAUAUUCAUGUGUAGCUUUUUAGAAGUGUUGGAGAUCGAGCUCUUUCCUCCGUGCUAAUUGCUAUGCUAUUGAAUAAAAAAUCUUCAUCUUUCCUCUCAA